AUGUCGUCCACCGAGUCCCCCGUUCCCGCCGCCGCCGCCCCUGCUGAGGCCGUCCCUGCCUCCACCCCCGCUCCCGCCGCCGAGCAGCCGGCUGUCGGCAACGGCGAGCAGCGCAACAACGCCGAUGCCGCCAACAACACCUCGCUCUACGUUGGUGAGCUUGACCCCUCGGUCACCGAAGCCAUGCUCUUCGAGAUCUUCAGCAUGAUCGGUACCGUCGCCAGCAUCCGUGUCUGCCGUGACGCCGUCACCCGUCGCUCGCUCGGCUACGCUUACGUCAACUUCCUCAACGCUGCUGACGGUGAGCGCGCCAUGGAGCAACUCAACUACUCGCUCAUCCGCAACCGUCCCUGCCGUAUCAUGUGGUCCCAGCGUGACCCCGCCCUCCGACGCACCGGUCAGGGCAACAUCUUUAUCAAGAACCUCGACGCCGGUAUCGACAACAAGGCUCUCCACGACACCUUUGCCGCUUUCGGUAACAUUCUCUCCUGCAAGGUCGCCACCAACGAGACCGGCUCGCUCGGCUACGGUUUCGUCCACUACGAGACUGCUGAGGCUGCCGAGGCUGCCAUCAAGCACGUCAACGGAAUGCUUUUGAACGACAAGAAGGUCUACGUCGGUCACCACAUCCCCCGCAAGGAGCGUCAGGCCAAGAUCGAGGAGACCCGUGCCAACUUCACCAACGUCUACGCCAAAAACGUCGACCCCGAGGUCACCGACGACGAGUUCGAGAAGCUCUUUACCAAGUUCGGUAAGAUCACCUCCUGCGUUCUCCAGCGUGACGAGGACGGCAAGUCCAAGGGCUUCGGCUUUGUCAACUUUGAAGACCACAACGAGGCGCAGAAGGCCGUUGACGAGCUCCACGACUCGGACUUCAAGGGCCAGAAGCUUUUCGUCGCUCGUGCCCAGAAAAAGAGCGAGCGCGAGGAGGAGCUCCGCCGCUCGUACGAGGCCGCCAAGAACGAAAAGCUCGCCAAGUUCCAGGGCGUCAACCUCUACCUCAAGAACAUCCCCGAGUCGUACGACGACGAGCGUCUGCGCGAGGAGUUUGCUCCCUUUGGUGCCAUCACGUCGUGCAAGAUCAUGCGCGCUCCUUCGGGUGUUUCGCGUGGGUUUGGUUUCGUCUGCUACUCGGCUCCCGAAGAGGCCAACAAGGCGGUCUCUGAGAUGAACGGCAAGAUGCUCGACAACCGACCCCUUUACGUCGCGCUCGCCCAGCGCAAAGACGUGCGUCGCCAACAGCUCGAGGCUCAGAUCAUGCAGCGCAACCAACUCCGUCUUCAGCAGCAGGCAGCUGCUCAGGGCAUGGGCUACCCCGGCCCUGGCAUGUACUACCCGCAGCCUGGCGCGUUUCCCGGCCAGCCUGGUGGAAUGGUGCCGCGCCCUCGUUACGCCCCUGCCGGUAUGAUGCCUCAGGGCAUGCCCAUGGCGCCUUACGGUCAGCCCGGUCAGUUCCCUGCUGGCAUGAUGCCCCAGGGUUACCGUCCCGCUCGCCCGCCUCGCGGUGCUCCCAAUGCUGCCGGCGGCCCUGCGCCUCCCGCCGGUGCUCGCCCGCCUACCGGUGUGAAUGGCGCUCCGCGUCCCGCUGGUCAGCCGGUGCCCGGCCAGCCCAUGCCGCGUGGCCCGGCCGCUCGCCCUGCCGGCCGUCCCGAGGCUGACCAGCCCGGUGCUCUGACCGCCGCUGCUCUUGCCAAAGCCAGUCCCGAGGAGCAGAAGCAGAUGCUUGGUGAGGCCAUCUACCCCAAGGUUGCCGCCAGCCAGCCCGAGCUUGCCGGUAAGCUUACCGGUAUGAUCCUUGAGCUUCCCGUCACUGAACUCCUGCACCUUCUCGAGGAGAGCGAGGCGCUGGAUGCAAAGGUCAACGAGGCUCUCGAGGUUCUCAAGGAGUACCAACAGAACGACUCUGCGGGUGCUGAAGCCGAAGCUAACGCCGAGGCUCCCAAGACUGAGGCUUGA